GAAUUUACAUUUUAUUUUGCCAUAACACGUGGGUCAAAAAACUCAUGGUAUGACAGGAGUGGGAUAAACGACAACAGGAACAGAGGAGAGAAGAAGCAAUUUUAUAAACAAAUGACAUUCAGGAUGAAGAAAUCCAGAAGUAACAGAGAAAUGACUCCUCAAAAUGAACGCAGGGACACAGACACGACUCUGCAGACAUUAGGACGGUUACUGACAGAACCAGAGCAUGUGGAGAGAAUUUGUCAGUUGUGCAGAAGGAACAUCCUAGAUCUCAUAUAUCGGGCUCGAGAUGUCAUCAGCGAGAUACAGGACGAGAACUCUCGGGUCAAGAAACAGCGGACGUUCUGUGUGGUCCUGGCUAGGGUGCUGGAGACUUGUCCCUACAUCACAGGGUUUGCAGACGGCUAUGUGAGGUCAUGUGACAACUUCCUUCAUGAUGGAGAUGACUUACCUCUGUCAUUUGUCAUCGACCUGAGUAAAGCAGCCUUGACCUUAACUCACAGUCUUCCCAGCAUUCCAUUUGACCUACUUACGCUCCUUGAAUUCAUGACAGGAGAAGCAAACAAGCCUGAAGGAAAAAUAUUAUGGAAUAUCAUAGGUGCAUUGGGGGAAGUAAUUCGGUUGUCAGGGAAACAGAAGAAGAACCUGUUACUAAAGAUGAUGUCAUUAAAGAUGACGAAGAUCGGGUCAGAGAGUGGAGUGUCCCGUCCAAAGAAGAAGAAACUCAGCAAGAAGGACCGAGGUGGCCGUAACAGUGGAGACGGUCAAUUGAACAUUGGGGGGCUAAGGUCUCUGGACAACGCUGACCAGGACCUGGAGCUCGCUAGAAUUUAUGAACCAACAAUCUGUUGUUCUCAGCAAUCUGUUAUAACAUCGAGACUGGGAUCAUUGUCUGCACAGGAAAUGACAUCAGCCAUACAGAAACUGGAAGUGCAAGACGAUCUGCUUCACAAGGAUGUGGUCCGAGUGGCUGGGCUACUGCUGCCACGGGUCACAGAAAGGCAGAAAGAGGACUCGAGUAAUCUGGUCCCUGUCCCUUCAAUGAUGGCCAAUCUACGAAGUCUAACCCUGGCUGUGGCGGCAGGCACUCCGGUACUACUACAAGGACCAGUUGGUAGUGGAAAAACCAGUCUGGUUCAACAUCUGGCUGUGAAGGUUGGCAGGGAGAGUGCACCAGAUUUCAUGAAAAUUCAACUCGGGGACCAGACAGACAGCAAGGCCUUGUUGGGUACAUACCACUGUACAGAUAUUCCAGGGGAGUUUGUGUGGCGGCCGGGAAUCCUGAUGCACGCGGUGACGGAAGGUCAUUGGGUCCUUCUGGAGGACGUGGAUUACGCCCCAAUGGAUGUCGUCUCGGUACUUCUACCCCUCCUGGAGCGGGGGGUCCUAUCUGUCCCUGGUCAUGGCGAUAACAUCACCGCUCACCCGCAGUUCAGGAUGUUUGCCACGCAGAGGUUGCUAGGAGGUAGUACUGGCUGGCACAGACAACAGAGCAACAGCUCGGUGUUGCUGGAGAAGAUGUGGACCAAGAUCACCAUUCAGCCGCUGUCUCGGGACGAGCUCCACGAGGUCAUCAACACAAUCUAUCCCCAGCUGACCACUGUGACUGACCGUCUGCUGGACAUCUACUUCCUGUUGUCGGCCGGAAAACACGAGGUCAGGGAAGAGGAUGUACAAACGGCAGGAAAGUUCCUAUCGAACGAAGGUCGCCUCAUAUCCACCAGAGAUCUGUUGAACUGGUGUCGACGGAUUGCUGCGGAUUUUCAGAUCCAAGAAACAUCCACAGCUGGCCUGGUCCUACAGGAGUCCUUGGAUUGUUUCGCGGCCUGUAUUCCUAAUCUACAGAGACGGAUCUUAGUAGCCCAGGCGAUCGGAGCUAAGCUGAAUGUCACUCCGGAUCGGGCGGAAUAUUACUGUACCAGGUAUAAACCCAGCACGGAGAUCACGGUGGAGAAAUUGACAAUCGGUCGGGUCAGUCUGACCAGGCGACUACUGGACCCUACACUUGCCUUAGUCAGAGCCAGGACCACAUUCUCCUUUACACGACAGGCCUCGGCUCUACUGGAGAGGGUUGCCAUGGCAGUGAAGGAAAAUGAGCCGGUUUUAUUGGUCGGUGAAACCGGGACUGGCAAAACGUCGAGUGUGCAGUAUCUGGCAUCAGAACUAGGUCACAAGCUGCGUGUUAUUAACAUGAAUCAGCAGAGUGACAGCUCAGAUCUACUGGGAGGGUUCAAACCGAUGGAUCUGAAACUUAUUGUGAGGCCGGUGAAGGAAGAAUUUGAGACCCUCUUCUGUGCCACAUUCUCUGCAGUAGAAAAUGCCAAAUUCCUGAGUCAUAUACAGGAGAGUUUCUCUCGCAGUAACUGGACAGCAUUGUUUACCCUGAUGGGACAUACUAUAGAGCCAGCAUUAAAAAGAGGCACAGCAGGGAAGAUUGAUUUGGACUUGUAUACAAAUUGGAAGAAUCUAAAAGCCCGGGUUCAGCAAUUGAAACUGCAGGUCAAGAGGUCAGAAAAUGCCCUGACCUUCACCUUCAUAGAGGGUACACUUGUGAAAGCCCUCAAAGACGGAGACUGGGUGUUACUGGAUGAAAUCAAUCUAGCUGCAGCAGAAACGCUCGAGUGUUUGAGUGGAUUAUUAGAGAGUACCAGAGGAUCUAUUGUGCUGACAGAGAGGGGAGACACCACCCCUGUAGAGAGACACGAGAACUUCCGGAUUUUUGCCUGCAUGAACCCUGCCACUGAUGUUGGUAAGAAGGACCUGCCCACUGGAGUCAGAAACAGGUUUACAGAAUUCUAUGUGGAUGAGCUGGAGGAGGAACAAGAUCUGAAGACAUUGGUCAGUGAUUAUCUGUCCAGUCUGUCCCUCACACCCGCUCACAUCCAGGGAAUCGUCAAGUUCUACCUGGCAGUGAAGAAAGCAGCAUUGGAUAAACUGACUGACGGAACUGGACACAAGCCCCACUUCAGUCUGAGGACCCUGUGUAGGGCUCUGAGAUACUCAGUGUCCAAUCCUUGUGGUCAAGUGGCCAGGUCACUGUAUGAGGGGUUCUGUUUGAGUUUCCUCACCCAGUUGGAUAGAGCCUCACAUCCUGUGGUAGAGAGCCUCAUCACUCAGCACAUCAUGGGAAAAGCCAAUAUCAAGUCCCUCCUGAAGCAGGGGAUCAGGGAACCCCUAGAGGGGGGUUGUCUACAGUUUGAGGGGUACUGGGUAUCACAAGGCAGGGCCGCCCCCUCUGUGCCGAGUCACUACAUCCUGACCCCCUCGGUCCGCGCCAACCUCAGGGAUUUAGCCAGGGUCGUAUCUGCGGGACAACAUCCUGUUCUGCUACAAGGCGAGACGUCGGUAGGUAAGACGAGUCUGGUGACGUGGCUAGCGCAGAGCAGCGGGAAUGUGUGUGUCCGUGUCAACAACCACGAACACACGGACCUACAGGAAUACGUAGGCUGUUACUCCGCGGACGAGUCCGGGAAACUCGUCUUCAAAGAGGGAGUGCUGGUGGAGGCCAUGAGGAAGGGACAGUGGAUCAUUCUGGAUGAACUGAAUCUGGCCCCCACUGAUGUACUGGAGGCCCUCAACAGGCUUCUGGAUGACAACCGUGAACUCUUCAUUCCUGAGACCCAGGAGACAGUGAAAGCUCACCCGAAGUUCAUGCUGUUUGCCACACAGAACCCUCCUGGGCUGUACGGGGGUCGCAAGAUACUGUCACGUGCCUUUAGAAACCGCUUUAUCGAGCUCCAUUUUGAUGAGAUCCCGAGUUUCGAACUUGAGACGAUUCUUCAUCAGAGAUGUGACCUCCCCUUGUCUUACGCGAAACGUCUGGUGGCUGCCAUGUUGGAUUUACAGACCAGAAGGCGAGGAUCGGGCGUGUUCGCCGGGAAACAAGGGUUCAUGACCCUCAGAGACUUGUUUAGAUGGGCUGACAGGUACAAGUGCAAAGAGGUCAAACUAGAGAAGAAGUUUUACGACUGGGACCAGCACAUGGCAGAUCAUGGGUACAUGUUGAUGGCUGGUCGUGUGAGAAAACCAGAGGAAGCAGUCAUUGUGCGGGAAGUGAUUCAGAAGCAUCUCAAACGUACCGUGGACCCUGACCGCCUGUUUACGCUGGACUCACAAACAUCGCCUACCACUGUGUCGAUAUUAGAGCGAGUGAUGCAAGGGACUCCGGCAGGAUUCGAACAUGUUGUGUGGACGUACGGAAUGAGACGUCUGGCGGUGCUGAUUGGACACGCUGUACAGUUUAGAGAACCUGUUCUGCUGGUGGGGGACACGGGCUGUGGUAAGACGACUGUGUGUCAGCUAUUGGCCAGACUCCAUGGCAAUGACCUACAUUCCAUUAACUGUCAUCUCCACACAGAGAGUGCCGAUUUUCUGGGUGGCCUUCGACCGUGCAGAUCCCAUCAUGAGGGGGACUUGGACAGCCCUAAGAAAUUAUUUGAGUGGGUGGACGGGCCGCUUGUCAAGGCGAUGAAGCACGGAGACAUGUUCCUUAUCGAUGAGAUCUCAUUGGCUGACGACUCCGUGCUAGAGCGGCUGAACAGUGUAUUGGAACCUGAACGAACUCUUCUGAUGGCAGAGAAAGGUGGGGGAGAUGGGCGAGAAAAUCAGGUAGAAGUUGUGACGGCGACGGACGGAUUCCAGGUGUUCUCCACAAUGAAUCCUGGUGGAGAUUUUGGAAAAAAGGAGUUGUCGCCUGCUCUCAGGAACCGGUUCACAGAAAUCUGGUGCCCGCAGACCAGCGACCGCAUGGACCUGAUAGACAUCAUUGAGCACAAUCUGUCGCCCGGGAUUUACCUCGGUAACCAGGAGGAUGGAACGAGUGGGGUGGGCCGGGUCAUCAUGGACUUCGUGGAAUGGUUCUCCAACAAUGACCUCGGCAAAAGGUGCACAGUGAGCAUUCGAGAUAUCCUGUCCUGGGUCAAUUUCAUUAACACCUGCUCCAUCAAGAUUACUCCGGAUGCCAUGGAAACAGAACCUGAAUAUAACCAGUUUGAACCAGCUGUGGCUCUGAUCCAUGGAGCAUGCCUGGUGUUUCUGGAUGGGCUGGGAGCAGGAAAUACCAGUAGAGGGCGUGACUCGGAGGUCAUGACCCUAAGAUCUGCCUCUCUCUCACACCUCCUCUACCUCAUCAACCAGACGACUCACCAGUCACAUGACCUGAAAUCUCUGAACCUAUUGGACAAGGAUUGUGAGAUUCUGGACGGGACAGUGAAACUGAAUCCUGAAGCUUUCUGUAUCCUGCCUUACAGCAUCCGUCGAGGUGAGAAAGAGAGCUGCUUGGAUGAUAAGUAUGCCCUCCAGGCCCCCACCACGUGUGUCAACGCCCAGAGACUACUCCGUGGACUACAACUGCCCCGCCCACUUCUACUGGAGGGAUCCCCAGGGGUGGGGAAGACCAGUCUGGUGGCCGCCAUUGCCAGGGCUGCAGGCAGAGAAUUAGUUCGCAUCAACUUGUCGGAGCAGACAGAUGUGACAGACCUGUUUGGGGCCGAUUUACCAGUAGAGGGGGAGGAAGGUGGAAGGUUUGCUUGGAGAGAUGGUCCCUUAUUGAGGGCUCUGAAACACGGCCAUUGGAUAGUACUGGAUGAGUUAAACUUGGCCUCCCAGUCUGUACUGGAGGGUUUGAAUGCCUGUCUGGACCAUCGAGCGGAAGUCUUCAUACCAGAGCUAGCCAAAACCUUCCACAUACAGCAUCAGAAGACCCGCAUAUUUGCUUGUCAGAAUCCGCUAAAUCAGGGCGGGGGCAGGAAGGGGCUGCCCAGGUCAUUUCUCAAUCGAUUCACGCAGGUUUACAUAGAGCCGCUGACCUUCAAGGACAUGCUAUUUAUAGCAGAGAGAUCCUAUCCAGAUAUACCAGCAGGCAUCCUGUCCAAUAUGGUGACAUUUAACAUGCAGAUUGAGCGGGAGACAAUGACUGAAGGUCGUUGGGGUCAGAGAGGAGGACCCUGGGAGUUCAAUCUGCGAGAUCUGUUCAGAUGGUGUGAACUUCUACUGAUGAACCAUCAGACUGGCAAGGACUUUGACCCCGGGGAGUUUGUAGGAUUGUUAUAUCGUGACCGAAUGAGGACACUGGAGGACAAAAAGAGGGUGCUGGAUUUGUAUGACAGAGUGUUCUCCCCUGACAGACCUGCUUACACCUCAACUCGACAUGCAGUCAUCACGGACACCCAAGUACAGAUAGGUCAGGCCUGUCUGCCCCGGGUAGAGCCUCAGGCCCCCAGCCCCGGGCGAAGGGACGGCAAGCCUGUGUAUCUCCUUCCUCACUGUCUGGAGCCGCUGGAGUCCGUGAUGAAGAUUGUACAGAUGAACUGGAUGAGUAUCAUUGUUGGUGGUCAGUCAAGUGGAAAAUCCACCCUUGUACAGAUUUUAUCACAAUUGACCGGCAACAAACUCCAUGUCUUGGCAACAAACAGUGCCAUGGAUACCACGGAGCUUCUAGGAGGAUUUGAACAGUCGGACAAGAAGAGACAUGUGGAGGAGUACGCGACAGGAGUAGACGAGGUCAUGACCUCACUGCUGAAUCGUCUCCUUGGUAACCUUGAUGUCAAAGUUGGUGUACUAGAGAGGACAAAGGGUGUGAAGAAACUGGCUGCAACCUGGAAGCAAUACCUAAAAGUGGGCGAGAAGUACAAAGGUAAACAGCUGACCACAACAGAGGAAGCUGCCCAGCUGCAGGAGAAAAUGGACGCUUUGGAGGAAGUUUUCAGUGCGAUUCAGACACGUUCCGCGUCACUAGGUGAAGCCUUCCUAAGGCUGCAGCAGAAGAGAAACAAGGCUUUGAAUGGUCUGCAGGAGUGGAAGGCGGGGCAGGGGGCGGGGACUUUUGAGUGGAUUGACAGCUUGUUAGUCCAGGCCUUACAGAACGGGGAGUGGCUUAUGAUUGACAAUGUCAACUUCUGCAAUGCCUCAGUGUUGGAUCGUCUAAAUGCCUUGUUGGAGCCAAAUGGAGUCUUGUCCAUCAACGAGAGAGGUGUGAUUGAUGGGGAGAUCCCAAGCAUUAAGCCUCAUUCUGAGUUCAGGUUGUUUUUGACUAUGGAUCCUAAGUUUGGUGAGAUUUCUCGAGCAAUGAGGAACCGCGGCGUGGAGAUUUAUAUCCCAGGGGAGGAGGAAGGUAAUCCAUACUCGGAGCAAGACCUGACCGUGAUGCUUCAUGGGAUAGGUGUUAAAUGUAAGAAGGUCUCUGAUUGGCUGAUUUCUCUGUAUGUAAAUAUGAGGGAGGUUCUGUCGAGGGGAGAGAGGCCACACCUCUUGCAGCUGUUACAGUGUGGAGUGACCACUGUCCAGCAGACAGACAGGGGGAUAGCAAUAGGAGAGGCGGUCAGGUGGGCAGCAGAGGAGGUGUUCGUUAAGACAGUCAACAAUGUCGCCACCCGAAAGCGUUUGUCGUCCUUGUUGGAGAGCCACUGUCAGAGUUGUGACCUUGAGACGUCUGACACUGAUUCAGUACGGAAUGUCGUCGCCUGCAGUCCUGUAACAGACUUCAUCAGAGACACAUUCUCAGCCAACCUACACCAACAAACCGCUCUUAUACGAACCAUUCAACAGAGCAUGUCCAACAGACUGACUGUUAAAGAUGACCUCAUGGGAUCACAUGACUUGUGUACGUGGCAGAGUUUGCUGUCAGCAUGCAUGAUGUAUGUCGACUUGUCUACACCAGACACGCUCAAUCUUCAUGGUCUACUGCUUCAACAGUUGCUAGGCAACUACAGGAAAGGUGUAGGUGUGUCAAGGUCCGCUGCAUCUGAUGUCAUCGGGGGCCACCUGGAUUUGAUACAGGACGUGAUGAGACAGGUGUUCAACUGUGUGACAGAAACUGUACUGGACAGAUAUAAAGAAAUGGCUAAAGUUCACACUGAUAUUGGACAACAGUACAUGGAUCCCCGAGGUUCCCCUUCAGAUCCGAGGUGUCGGGAGGACGGUUACCGUCAAACAGUGAACCUCUAUACCCUGGUGUCUCGCCUCAGUCAGACGUUGUCUGUUGGAGGUCCGCUGGUCAGCAGAUUGAAACACAGUUUAGAAGGUGGAUAUACAGAGAGCUUGGCUGUGGAUUACCAGACUCUAGAGAAUCUUACAACAGACCUGAUGCAGGAUGACAGAAUCUUGCAACAUUUCAUCCAUCUUGGUCAAAAUAUGGACUUCACAGACACAGCCAGGGUGUUAGACAGAGUUGGUUGGGUUACUAGAAUGAGGGAGGCCUUGGUAACCUACACACAGGAUCAUGACAUCAACAAGGUCAUCCUCUUUUACUCCUGGGUCAAGGACAAAUUACAGUCUGUAAUGGGAGACAGAUUUAUCCAGUGUUUUCCACGUCUCUGUCGAGCGGGAUCAGUUCUGACCAUGGGAUACGAGGAGACGGAUCGUUACAUCAAGUUUUGGAAUUCCCAUGGACACCCACCUCCUCACAGAGACCAAAAAGAGGCUGAGGCUUUUCUGACCCUGUUUGAACUCUGUAAACAGGCUGAUGUCCAGGAAGAGGCUUCUGACCUCAUUACAAAGUUCAAAGUUCAGCUCCAGCUAGACAACAGAAGUUAUCUUGUUUCAGUAUUUCUCAGUGCACUGACUGAGGCUAAAACUGGAGAGACACAUGACAAUUUAUCAGAAACUCUCAGGAAGGUCAGACAACUCCUGCAGCAGUAUAACCUUGUGAAAAGAGAUGGCAGUCAAGCACUAGUCACUCAGAUGGAAACUGACCAAUCAGAAUGCACGGUUCCGUCACAGCAAGGCCUAUCAGCGAGUCUGAAGCAUGUUGACCUUUGGCCACUGUAUGAUGAUGUGUUUGUUCUGUCCGAGUUGAGAUUAGUCAAUGAGAUGUUGUCGUCUGCAGACAGUGUUGGACCAGAGAAGACUGGGGCACUAGUUAAUUUUGGGGACCAGUUUACGUCUUUAUCACCGGCCGUUCUGGCUUCACUGAGGACUGUGUCCAUAGAAAGAAAGGAGGUUGUGAGGAACAUGCUAUGUGUGAUACUAAAGGAUAUGUAUAAACAACUGUGGAACAACACAUCCGCUACAGGUCUAAACUGGUGGUUAAACUGGUCCCCUACUUCUCAAACAGAUCAAGCAAAGUUAGAGGCUGGAUUUAACCGUGACAGAUGGGGUCCUGCAAGUCUUCUCAAGGCCAUUCUAAGUCAGACUGCCUACAGCCUGAUGUGUGCAGGAAGUGAAAGCACACAGAAGAUGUCACAUGACAGACCUCGACCAAUGGGAGUGUCCCUGGGAGAUUUCAGAGAGAGGCUACAUAAGCUGCAGUUUCUGUCCCAGCACAUCUGGUGUCACGGCUCCGCUAUCUGUUGCAGGAAAUUCACGAGGAGCAAACUUCUGAAGCAGCAUAUUGUCCAAGUGUUGAUAUCAGUACUUCAAUCCAUUGAUAAAGUAUCAAACACGAAAGAACCAGACGACCUCUACCACCACCAAGUGUCCGAAUUCAUUACCUACAUCCAAAACAAAGGCCAGUGUCCAAACCGCAAGCAAACUGUCCAGACUCUCACGGAGACCCUGACCGGAGUCCUGCCGUGUGAUACUCAUGUAGUGGGGGAGUGUCUGGGUGGAGUACUUGCUGUGUCGGGUGAAGACCCGGAUAUGAAGACUUUAGGGAGACUAUGGGUGUUUGUUGGGCUGUUAAGCAUGCUCCUAAUCAGACCAAGGUGCCCUGUAGACCCCGUGGUGAAAACAAGAAUCAAACUGCAGCUGAAACAAAGGGAGUUGGAAGAGAUAAACACCGAGCUAGAGGUCAGAGUUUCUCACCACCAACAGAUGACAGGUCUCCAUCUUCUGGACAUGCCCGCCCAUCUCCAACACCCCUGGAUCCUCCACCUGGUGGAGAGGAGACAGAAACUAAAGAAACAAAUAGAAGUGUUACAGAGUCAGCAGGCUUACAGGCCACACACCUGUCAGUAUAAACAGCUCUUGGAUAUAAUCAGUGAGUUUGUCAGUACCAAAGGAUCUGUCAAUCACACCCUACAGCUAAUGGAGAAGUUGUUGAAGGUGUGUACCACAGGACAAUUGACCAAUGAGAUUGCUGAAGAAAGAACUUGGCAGAAAACUCACCAGCGAUUGGUCAGUUCUUUACAAGAGGAAUUCCCUCUGUACAGAGACAUUACCACACCCUUCAUUGUCGCCACUCAACAGGUGAGAUGUGGAAUGAGGAUGAUAGCCAGCUGUGCUACAGAGGCUAGUGAAGCUCAACAGUUAACAGAGAGGCUGAGAGUGACCAGUCAGGUUCAUGAGACUCUAAGCUUUGUCCGAGGUUCAGCUCAGCUGUUGGGUAAAUACCCCUUCAUCUCCUCAGAGGUUACCAGCAGCUUAAAGCUAGCCCAAAAGAUCCUGGUUGUGGAGAAACUGGUGUCCGGAGGCAGCUGGCAGAAGGAUCCGAACAGUACAGCUCAAAUCUCCAGACUUCACCUUGGAGCCUUAUUUUUGCUGAGAAACACAGCACUGAUCAGAAGAGAACUCAACCAGGAAAUCAUGUCAUCCCUGCAUAAGAUCCUCGGUUGUUUUGUGUUGUCAUGGAAACAGCAGGAGGAGCUACAACGUCAGAAAGAGGCUGAGGAUAGUCUGUAUAAAUACCGGACGGUAGUUCACGGUGAUGACAGAGACCACGAGGAGGCAGAGGAGGAGGAAUUCAGGGAGAGCUUUCCAUCAUUUCAUCAGAACUUCCAGGACCUGAUAACACCGUCUUCCCUGGAGGACACGAAACCCAGAGAGUUUACAGAACCUAUUGAGGAAACCACACCCCACAGAGUCACUGACAGGGAAAUGACAGCUGUAAGCCACACCCACCAGCGUCUCUUUUCAACCCUCUCCACUUCCGAUUGGUUACAGCAGGGUCAUGUGACAGAGGUUACCACCCAGGAUACAAUAGAACCAUCACUGCUGUUCUAUAAUGUUGCUGCUCCAUUGUUUAAUGGACAAUGGAACUUGACAGAGGAAGAGUCUCAGACACUUGGGAGCCAUCUAUUGGCCAGUCAAUCUCUCCAGGAGGAGAUAACUCCCAAUUCAGGAGCCCAUGGUGAGGAGGAGGAGUCCCAGGGGUAUGAUGUUUACCAUGACCCUAACCUGUCAGAGGUCAUCAAAUGUGUCCCUGUACUACACAGACUGAUGGACAGAGUGAGAGAAUUGAGAGAGGAAUGGCCUGACCAUCCAACACUGACACAGGUGACCCAGAUUGUGGAGCGGAUUCUCUCGUUUUCUGUGACGUCCCCUGUUGUCAAAUUCCUGACCGGACUGGAGCUGCUGCUUGAGAAAACUCAGGAAUGGGAGAGCAAUGCUGCAAAACAUGUUUCUAUGGCAACACAACUGGCAGAAGUGUCAGCCCAGAUUCUGGACUGGAGAAAACUUGAGCUCAGUUGUUGGCGGCAGUGUCUAGACAAUGUAUUUGCGAAGCAGUCUGCUAAAGCCCACAAAUGGUGGUUCCAUAUCUACAAACUUAUAGAGGAGACCUGUUUACAGGAUGUGAUGGAGGUGGAGCCUGCAGACUCGGAGAAGACGACCAGCCUCACCGAGGUGACGAGGACCCUGAAGGAGUUCCUGGAGAGGUCCACUCUAGGGGAGUUCGAGGCACGGCUUGGAAUGCUAAGGUCAUUCCACUGUCAGACUGUAUAUUACUGUAGUGAGGACUCCUUAAACAAAUCUACACAGGAUCACAUGAUGAGGCUGCUGUGGAAUCUCCAUCAGUUUUACUGUCAGUUCUUGCCAUUGGUCAGAGAUAAAAUACAGCAACUCCGACAACCAAUAGAAAAAGAGUUAAAGGGUUUUGUGAAAAUUGCCCGUUGGACAGACAUGAACUACUGGGCCCUGAAGCAGACGACAGACAAAACACACCGCACACUGCACAAACACAUGAGGGCUUUCCAGGCCGUGUUAGAACAGUCGGUGCAGGGUAUCCUGUCUGACCCCAGCAGCAGCCCCACUUCUGAUGGUGACCGGCCAAUCACACAGACCUGGAGGGAACAUUACAUGUCAGCUGUACAAGCGUUAAUAUCACAUAGGGUCACUGUACAGUUGCCUCCUUCAGAGCUACCUCUUCCUGGUUGUGGAGAUUUACAAGGACGACUUGGUCGGCUGUCUGUCAGAAUGUGUAAACAUUGGAAGUCGCUCACAGGGAGACUCAAGUUCCACCAACUUAUUGUGAGACUGGAUGAGUUUACAGGUGAAAUCAUUGAGUCUAUUCAAGAACUUCAACAGCUCGAGGUGUCACAGAUUGCUGACAAAGAAAAACAAAAAUCUGAGGCAAAACACAUCGGGCAAAAGAAGAGGAAAGCAUUGAGUGAUUUGUUUAAAGAGCUCGCACGGCUUGGUUUGUCGUACAGGAAAGGGCUCCUGUGUGAAACUGAAAAUGAUCUCCCUUUGUUGGUUUCACCACUAGAUGUCUCUGUUUCUGCAAAUAAAAUGACCACAAGUCGGACCUCUGCUGUGGAAAUUGGUCAGAGUUGCCAUGACUACUACUACAAGUGUAUCGCCAGGAAAGCCAAGUUUGUCACAGCUCUUCAAACACCCUCCAAGGAACUUGGUGUGGGUAACAUAGAAAGGUGUAAAGGAUUCACAGAACAUUUGAUGAAUAUGGUGGUGGAUCAAUAUUCUGGGGUGGCGGAGAUCCACAAAGCCUACAUAGACUUGAGUGCCUUGUCAGAUGUGUUGCAAGAUCUAUGUUCAAUGAAGAGGACACCCCCUCCACAGAAGUCAACAAGGGAAUUUGUGAAUCGUCUGUCAUCUUUCAUGGUCAGCAUGAAGGAGGGUCUAAUCCAAGUCAAGGUCAUUCUUACCUGUUGUCCACAGCAGCAGGGGGAGGUAACUCACUAUCCCUCUCCGUUUCCCAGGAGUCAGCUGUCACAUGCCGCUCUGAUGAAGCACGGAGAUGAGCAGUGGAGAGAGUGUCAGGAAAAAAUCCAGAGAUUACAGGUGAAGAUUAACCAGGUGGUCAGCAGCGUGUCGUCUUUAACAAAGAAACAACUCAUUACAUGGAGUGAUUGUGUGGAGAUGAGAUCAGCGUACAGCGAAUUAGUAGACUGUGUUCCAAGUCUGACAGAGUUAGAGCAAGUCUUCUGUGACCCGGAGGAGAAAACUCUACCCUCCUUCCUGGAAACUGUGAAGUUCCUCAGGCAGGAGAUCGAGGUUCAGCAUGAAAACUUCACACAGUGGUACAACGCACAGGCAGGUCUCAGCACCAAUACAACAACUUUUCCUUCCAUGGAGGUCGAUGGAGAACGCCAGACAAGGACAUCGGGAUCUAAAGCCACCUCUGGUGCAGGACAUCAAGAAGUUAGUGACUGUCAAAGUGGAGCAAGCGACGGCAGUGUGGAGAACUUCUGUGGAAAGGUGGAAAACCUGAUUGCUGGUGUAUUACUGAGUGUGCAGAAGCUGACGAAAGGUCACGCUCAGAGUGAACAAGUGGACAGUGGUGAGGGCAUGCUGGAGGGACAUCUGGUGGUGCAUCUGAAUGAGAAACUAAAGGGGGAUAAGCAGUGUCUACAGCUCCAAAAGAUAACCCAGUCCAUUCAUACCUUGGUGAAGGAUGUCCUUAGCCUCACAGACACUGGAAGAAGUUCAGAGGUUAUGACCUUUGUCGUGAUUCUAGGACGGUGCCUGCCACUAAUACAGCAGUACCGGUACAUGCUGGAGUACUUCCUCCUCCAGUGUUUGGCUGAGAAUCGAGUCACUGGAAAACUCCUAUCUGUCCUACUGGGAGUCUUCACAGAACUGGCAGCGAAAGGUUUCUGUGCUCCGGCUGAAUUUGAAGACGAAAUGACAGGAGAAGGAGCCAGAGACUUUGAGGACAUUGAGGGCGGAGGACUGGGUCAAGGGGAAGGGGUGAAGGACGUCAGUGAUCAGAUUGAGAAUGAAGAUCAGCUGGAUGAAGCAAAACCAGCAGGAGAGGAGAGAAAAGAAGAGGAUUCUUCACAGCAGCCAGACAUCAGGUCAGAGGAAAAAGCCAUAGAGAUGUCGGAGGACUUUGAGGGCAAAGCUCAGGACCUGGAGGAUGCCGACAAAGAGGAAAAGUCUGAUGGGGAGGAGGAGGGCGAGGAGGAGGAGCUGGAUAAACAGAUGGGAGAAGUGGAUGGAAGUGACAGGGAGAAAUUAGACGACCAGAUGUGGGGGAGUGAUGAAGAGGAGGGCGAGGACCAAGGGGAGAAAGAGGAGUUUGGUCCUGGAUCUCAACAAGAGCAGAAAAGUGAACUUGUUGCCAAGGAUGACAACCAAGACAAGACAGAGGCAGGUGACAAAUCAGAGCAGAUGACAGCAGAUGAAAAUGAAGCUGAGGAAAAUGAUGAAAGCCAGAAACCAAAAGAACUGGAGCAGAUAGAUGAGUCAGAAUAUGAUGAUGACAGAAUCGACCCUAACCAUGGUAACCAAGAGCCCCAGGAUGCCCCCGACAACAUAGAUCUCCCUGACGACCUGAAACUAGAUGAAGAAGAAGCUGGGGUCACUGAGGAACAAGGUCAAGAUGAGCCUCCAUCAGAGCCCCCUGGUGGAGACACAGAAAUGACAGAGGACAAGGGAGAUAAUGAGGACACAGAACAAACAGGGGAGGAUACUCUGCCAGAAGUAGAACCAGAGAAGUGUGAUGACAAGGAGAACCAGACAGAGGAACCAGACAAUGAGAACCAGACAGAGGAACCAGACACUGCACAGGAGAAAGGGGAGGAUAACCCAGGAUAUUCUCCACAGAACAAUCCUGCAGAAAUUGAUGAAUUGAAUCAGGAGGACAGCUCACAAAACACUGAUAACAAGCCCCAGGCUACAGAGAAUUAUGGGAAGACUUCCCAUGAUUCCCAGAAUGUGGAGCAGUCUGAAUCAGCACAGAAUCAGGGAGGGGAGGCAGACAAUGAUCAGAAAGAGAGCGAUGGGACAGGCACAUCAAACUCAGAAGUUCAAGAGGGACAUGAAGGUCAAAGUUCAAAGGUUGCACCAACCUCUACAAAUCAGUCUCAGAAGCCUGCGAAAAGGAAAGCUGGUCAUUCAAAUGAAGAAAGAAGUUUAGGAUCCAAUGAUAACCAAUUUAAGAAACUGAAAACCAUCGAAGAAUCAUCACUCCCCGAGGAGCAAGAAGACGGGGAGGAUUCCACGCCGAGAGAGUCCGAACUGUACGAACACAUAAAGGACGCCAGAUCUGCUCACGACAGUCAGACACUAGAUGUCGCCACCGACAAACAGCAAAUAGAACAAGCUGUACCCAACAGAGAGGAGGAUCAAGAAAGUGGAGAGGUGGAGGAGGGAGAGGAUGUCGAGAUGAGAGAGGAGGAGGAAGAGGUAAUGGAUGACUCGGUUGAUAAGCUGUCAUCACAACUAAACACAAAGGAUACACAGAAGAAGAGAGGGGAAGGAAUGACAGAAGACAGGAUGAAUGAAGAGCAGGAGGAGACCAAGAAGUUUGAGACGGAGGGUGUUGUCAUGGAAACACUUGGAGCCUCUCGGGGACCAGAAUCUACCAUUCAUACCACGCUUGAAAAUCUGCAUUUGGAGUCUAGGGGUUCAGACUUAGAUAUGGAGAAACUGAGAUCUGAAUUAGAAGAGCAGUUAUCAUCCUUCACCAACAUAGACAAUCCGACACCAGAGGCGGAGAUGGCAGCGUCUGAGGCCUGGCACCGGUACGAGGCCCUGACCUCGACUCUGUCCCAGGAACUGUGUGAACAACUCAGGCUAGUGUUGGAGCCCUCACAGGCCACAAAACUCAGAGGGGACUACAGGACGGGUAAGAGAUUAAACAUGAGGAAGGUCAUUCCCUACAUCGCCAGUCAGUUUAGAAAAGACAAGAUCUGGCUGCGCCGCACAAAGCCUAGCAAACGACAGUAUCAGAUCAUGCUGGCCAUCGACGAUUCCUCAAGUAUGGUGGACAACCACUCCAAACAGCUGGCGUACGAAUCCUUGGCGUUGAUAUCUAAUGCUCUCACUCUGUUGGAGGCCGGAGACCUCUCAAUCUGCAGUUUUGGCGAGUCUGUUCGACUCCUGCACCCCUUCACAGAACAAUUUACAAGUCAAUCGGGAUCCAGGUUAUUGCAGCAGUUUACUUUCGAACAGAAGAAAACCAAAGUGGCUCAGCUUAUCAAGAAGGCGACAUCUGUGAUGAUGGAUGCCCGCUCCAGACAGCGAGGCAUGCUGGGUAAUCCGGAGACAUCCCAGUUACUGCUGAUCGUGUCAGAUGGACGGGGCUUAUUUAACGAGGGAAUGGAGACGGUGAAAUCAGCGGUCCGCCAGGCGAGGGAGGCUAAUGUGUUCCUGGUGUUUGUUGUGAUUGAUAAUCCGCAGAACAAGGAUUCCAUUUUAGACAUCAAAGUUCCAGUGUUCAAGAGUGGUAAUAAGCUGCCAGAAAUCCAACCCUACAUGAAUUACUUCCCUUUUCCUUUCUACAUCAUUCUGCGGGACAUUAACUCGCUGCCUCAUGUCCUGUGUGAUGCGCUGCGGCAGUGGUUUGAACUGGUGACAGCAGUGGAUGUUUGACGGAAAGUUUAGCUAUAAGUGAAAUUAUACAUUUUUCUGAGAGACUGUUGAAUGUGAAAUCUAUAGGAGAGCCUUUCACUGUUGUAGAAAUAUUGUUGUGAGUGUAACGGUCAUUUUGUGAACAAUGACCUAUUUCUUUUACUGUAUAACUGACCAAGCCACCAAGUGCUAGCACUAAUUCUGAGGGAGUGCUCUUCAGAGUUAAUGCCCUUUAUUAGGUUUGACCGUAUCAAACUUGAUGACGACAUGUGUAAUCAGUAAGAGAAAACUGAGGGAGUGGUUUUGAGGACAUGACGAGGUAAAACGUGAAAGUUACAGCCACCAAUGAGCUGAGCCACCCUGUCAGAUCAAUGAACUAUAAAAUAAUAAAUGUCAGUUUAAUGUACAACAGAAGUUGUCGGAUAAUAAAUGUCAUUAUAAAAUU